UGUUGGAAAAUCUCACCGCGCAAACUCGCCGCUAAACUGAACUUCAUUAGACUACACCUCAUCUUUCUACGCAAAUGGCAGUUGGGUUCCUCCUCCAGGUUCCAGCAACAAAAUCACCCAACACACUCUUCAGACGUAGCGACACAUAUAUAUAUACAUAGGCGUCUUUGGUCUCAAGUCUUCAUCAAUCAUCCACCCCCUCAGAUCCAAAUUGAACCACAAUUUAAUUCCGCAACUCCUCUUCUUUUGACCUCACGGGACUUGCUUGAUUGUUAUUAUAUGAGAGAAUUAUUCGUAUUCAUUGAUAAUGUGAAGUGGGUUGUGGAUUUCUUGGCUUGCUAAGUUAGUUUGUUGGUUCAACUUAAAGAGCAUCAGCAGUAAAACCAAUUGUUUGGAAGUUUGGCUUCACUCAUGGUUCGUAAUUGGGCUGCAUUAUUUUGGAGAUAAAAAGAAAAACAGAAAAUGGGAAUGAGGAACAAACACAGGAAACCAACCACUUUCCGUUGCAAUGCAGGGGGCAGAUGUUCAAUGUCUGCUAUGGUGUGGAGCUUGCUGGGAUUUCUACUUUUCCUUCACUUGUACUCCCUUGUAAGCCACAAUGGUGGAAAAGGUGGAGAGAACAAAUUCCAUUCAAGUCAUCAUCCACUAAUCCAUGAACUCGAAGAGGUGGAGGAGGAGCAUAUCCAAAUUCCUUCACCAAGGGAUAAAAGGUCUCCACGUGCUGCAAAACGAAGGCCUAAGAGGACGACCACACUGAUUGAUGAAUUUCUUGAUGAGAAUUCUCAACUUAGGCACCGUUUUUUUCCAGAUAUAAGAAGUGUUAUAGAUCCAGCGAAUGAUGCUGGGAACAAUAGCUUGUAUUAUCAUCCUGGGAGAAUUUGGUUGGAUACUGAGGGAAAUCCCAUUCAAGCUCAUGGAGGAGGAGUUCUAUAUGAUGAAAGGUCAAAGACCUACUAUUGGUAUGGAGAGUAUAAAGAUGGACCCACUUACCAUGCACACAAGAAAGGAGCAGCACGGGUUGACAUCAUUGGAGUUGGUUGCUAUUCUUCCAAAGACCUCUGGACAUGGAAAAAUGAGGGAAUUGUAUUGGCAGCAGAAGAGGCCAAUGAAACCCAUGAUCUCCACAAAUCUAAUGUGCUUGAGAGGCCAAAAGUGAUUUACAAUCACAAGACAGGGAAGUAUGUGAUGUGGAUGCAUAUUGAUGAUGCUAAUUACACCAAAGCUGCUGUUGGUAUUGCCAUUAGUGAUUCCCCAGCUGGUCCUUUUGAUUACCUCUAUAGCAAAAGGCCGCAUGGAUUUGAAAGCAGAGAUAUGACAAUCUUCAAAGACGAUGAUGGUAUGGCAUAUCUUAUAUACUCUUCUGAGGACAACAGUGACCUUCAUGUUGGACCACUUACAGAAGAUUAUCUUGAUGUAACGCAUUUUAUGAGAAGGAUUCUAGUUGGACAACACCGGGAAGCCCCGGCACUAUUUAAGCAUCAGGGCAUUUACUAUAUGAUCACAUCCGGGUGCACUGGCUGGGCCCCAAAUGAGGCACUGGCUCAUGCAGCUGAGUCGGUCGUGGGUCCAUGGGAAACUAUGGCAAAUCCAUGCACUGGAGGCAACAAGAUAUUUCGGCUUACAACAUUCUUUUCACAAAGCACAUUUAUAAUUCCUUUGACAGGAUUUCCAGGUUCAUUUAUUUUCAUGGCAGAUCGGUGGAAUCAUGCUGACUUGAGGGACUCAAGGUAUGUGUGGCUACCUAUGAUAGUUGGUGGUCCAGCCAACCGACCACUUGAUCUUAACUUUGGGUUCCCAGUAUGGCCAAGAGUCUCAAUUUACUGGCAUAGAAAGUGGAGGCUUCCUUCCAUCUGGAGAGUGUAGAGGGGUAGAAAUGACAGGUUUAUAUCUUAUAUUACUGUAUCAUAUGCUAACGCUCUUUCAUGUUCUUUCGCCAUUUUCAUUGUAAUUGCCUCCAUAUUCCCACAAAGCUUUUGCUUUUAAUCACAAAAUUCUGUGCUUAAGUUAGAUUAACAUUGAGGAUGCUUGGAUGUUUGUAGAGAAAAGUAUUCAUGGGUAGGAAAUUUUUCUAAUUACUUUUACAGUUGUAGGACAAGUUACUGUCUGCCUUAUAAAGCUGUGGCAAAGCAAAGGUGGCACUUGAAGGGUUAAGGUUUGUUGUUUACUUGCUUUUAGUGUACUACAUGACAAUCAAUCUUUUCUACUGUUGGGAACUAAAUGUGUAAGGUGAUUACCAAUGUUUUCUCCAUCUCUCACGUUUCUGUUUCUGUUUCUGUUUCUGUUUCUGUUUCUGACAAUAUAAUGGUGGGAUUUGUAUCAGGAUAAGAAGGUUUUUGAAGCUGAGGAGAAUCCUUGCCCAUUUAGAGAUUCUGACCUAACUUGUGGUCCCUUCAUUGGUGAGAAUCUCUCUCUCUCUCUCUCACACACAAUGAAAAAGAUGUUGCCAUUAUCAUAUCUCCCAUCCCAGAGUGAACCUCUAGCUUUAGUGGCGUUCUUUUAAUAUAUAUAUAUAUAUAUAAAUGUUUGGUAGGUUAUUUACAUACCUGAAACUAACAUGGUGGACUGAAAUCCCCAAUUGCUGUAUCUUACGACAUGUAAGAAUUAGGGUCUAUUUGGCAUUGUUGUUA